AUGGGAGAGCGGACGGGAUCCCGAGUUUUCCAAUGGGUAUGGUCGUAUGUGGUGGUUGAGACUCGUGCUGGUGCUCAUGAUCGACUUCGCAGACAACACCGUGAUGCUGUCUUUCGCCACAACACAACCUCAACGAAUCUGAAAGAAAAUCCUCAAAAGAACACUAACGGCGUCUAG